AUGUGGAACCUCACACCACAUCGAACAUAUGGAACCUCACACCACAGCGAACAUGUGGAACCUCACACCACAUCGAACAUGUGGAACCUCACACCACGUCGAACAUUUGGAACCUCACACCACAUCGAACAUGUGGAACCUCACACCACACCGAACAUGUGGAACUCACACCACAUCGAACAUGUGGAACUCACACCACACCGAUCAUGUGGAACCUCACACCACAUCGAACAUUUGGAACCUCACACCACAUCGAACAUGUGGAACCCCACACCACAUCGAACAUGUGGAACCUCGCACCACAUCGAACAUGUGGAGCCUCACACUAAAUCGAAUAUUUGGAACCUCAUACCACAUCGAACAUGUGGAACCUAUCAUCACAUCGAACAUUCGGAACUUCAUAUCACAUCGAACAUGUGGAACCUCACACCACAUCGAACAUGUGGAACCUAUCAUCACAUCGAACAUGUGGAACCUCACACCACAUCGAACAUGUGGAACCUCACACCACACCGAACAUGUGGAACUCACACCACAUCGAACAUGCGGAACUCACACCACAACGAACAUGUGGAGCCUCACACCACACCGAACAUUCGGAACUUCAUACCACAUCGAACAUGUGGAACCUCACACCACACUGAACACUUGAAACUCAAACCACAUCGGACAUGUGGAACUCACACCACACCGAUCAUAUGGAACUUCAUACCACAUCGAUCAUGUAGAACCUCACACCACAUCGAACAUUUGGAACCUCACACCACACCGAAAAUGUGGAACCUCACACCACAUCAAACAUUCGGAACUUCAUAUCACAUCGAACAUUUGGAACCUCACACCACAUCGAACAUGUGGAACUCACACCACAUCAAACAUUCGGAACUUCAUAUUACAUCGAACAUUUGGAAGCUCACACCACAUCGAACAUGUGGAACCUCACACCACGUCGAACAUUUGGAACCUCACACCACAUCGAACAUGUGGAACCUCACACCCACAUGUGGAACUCACAACAUUCGGAACUCACACCACACACCACAUCGAACAUGUGGAGCCUCACACCACACCGAACAUUCGGAACUUCAUACCACAUCGAACAUGUGA